UCGCCGGCGCAGGGGCUGGGGUCGAUGGCGGAGGUGGAGAAGGUGUUCUCGCGCUUCGACGCGAACGGCGACGGGCGGAUCUCGGCGUCGGAGCUGGAGAGCGUGGUGCGCGCGCUGGGGUCGGACGUGCGGCCGGAGGAGCUGCGCGGCAUGAUGGACGAGAUGGACGCCGACCGCGACGGCUUCGUCAACCUCCAGGAGUUCGCCGCCUUCCACCGCCCGUCCCGCCCGUCCGCCGCGGACGCCGAGCUGCGCGACGCCUUCGAGAUGUACGACCUCGACCGGAACGGCCGGAUCACCGCCGAGGAGCUGCACCUCGUGCUCAGGCGCCUCGGCGACACCUGCUCCGUCGCCGACUGCUCCCGCAUGAUCCGAUCCGUCGACGCCGACGGCGACGGCAGCGUCUGCUUCGACGAGUUCAAGAACAUGAUGACCAACAACACCAACAACGCCGCCGGCUCCGGCUCCGGCUCCGGACCCAGCUCAUCAUGAUCAUGAUCAUGAUCAUGAUCAUGUGAUUGACUGCCGCUUUUCGCUGCUGAUCAGCCCAAGCUAUACAUUUAAACAUAUAUGUAUGUGUCUUUAUUUACAAGCUCGUCGACUAAUCAGAAUCUAGAAAAGUCGAUCUUAUAUAUUGUCGUCUGAUCGAUGUUGUUACUUUUUUUUUUUUUUUUUUUUUUUUUUUAUUGCAAAUUGUUUGUCCUGCUCUAUAUGAGUGUUUGUUAGUACACCAUAGUCAGAGCUACAUAAGAAAAUCCCCUAACAAACAAAGUGUUUGUCAAGAAAGACGUUUCUCACGA